GCAAAGCAAAUCUCUCUUUUUCCUUCUUCUUCUCAUCACAAGCCAUUCACAUCACAAACUGCGUCAUAUGUUCACACCACUCACAUAUAAAAAUCUUUCUUUUACUUUCUCUUCUUUUCUCUCUCUCAUAUCCUUCAAAACAAAAUCAAACCCAUCUUUUAUUUUUUUUCCUUGUAAUCAGAGAGAUCACCAUCUUUUCUUUCUUUCAAGAAAAACUCAAACUUUAGUUAGAAACUUUCUUUUCUUUUUGUUUUCUUCUUUUUUUUUUUCAUUUAAUUUCGAUGGAGGGUCAUCAUCAAUUCCAUCAUAAAAACCAAAGACAACAACAAAAUCUUCAUCAAAAUAUUAAUAGUACUACUAUUAACGUCGUUGAUGUUGUUGAUAGAUUCCCGCAAUGGAGCAUCCAAGAGACGAAAGAGUUUCUUACGAUCCGAGCAGAGCUAGAUCAAACUUUCAUGGAGACUAAAAGGAACAAACAGCUAUGGGAUGUUAUCUCCAAUCAUUUGAAAGAAAAGGGUUAUCAUAGAAGUGCAGAACAGUGCAAGUGCAAAUGGAAAAAUCUUGUUACUCGUUAUAAGGGAUGUGAGACAAUGGAGACAGAAGCAAUGAGACAUCAAUUUCCAUUUUACAAUGAACUUCAAGAAAUUUUCACAUCAAGGAUGCAGAGGAUGCUAUGGGCGGAAGCCGAAGAAGGAUCAAAGAAAAAGGCGACACAACUUUCAACCGAUGACGAAGAAGAAGAAGAAAGUGAAGCAAUAUCUCAAAAGGGUAGAAAUAGAAAGAAGAAAAAAGCUAAGAUAGUUAGCGAAAGCGGCGGUAGCAGCAAUAGUUUCUUCACCAAUUUGAAAGAGAUUUUAGAUGAAUUCAUGAGGCAACAACUACAAAUAGAAGCACAAUGGAUGGAAGCAUUUGAAGCUAGAGAGAAUGAAAGGAAGUUGAGGGAAAUGGAAUGGAGACAACAAAUGGAAGUGUUGGAGAAUGAGAGGAUAUUGAUGGAACAAAGAUGGAGAGAAAGGGAAGAACAAAGGAGGAUUAGAGAUGAAGCUAGGGCUGAGAAAAGGGAUGCUUUAAUUACAGCUUUGUUAAACAGGUUAGAAAGACAGUAAGAUGUAGCUAGGUUUUCAAUUAUCAUUAAUUUUAGUUUUGUAUCUUUGAAAUAGAUUAUUUCAUAAGUUUAGGGAUAGAUUUGGGAUAUGUGAAUUGAAAUUGUAGUUUAGGGAUAGAUUUCGAUAUGUGAAAUGAAAUUGUAGUUGGAUUGAUUUUAUAAUUUAAAAUCUUGUACAUAGUUUAGUUAUAUGGUAGUAAUCUACCUUUUUAUUUUUAACUCAUAAUCUAAUAUUUCAAUCAAUUUUUUUUUUAAGAAAAUAGAUGGAUUCUAAUGGUAAAGAUUUGAGAACUUAAAAUGUGCUUCUCUCAAAAUUUUAUGUUCGAUUUUUUCUAUUAAGGGUUCGUUUGAUCUGCAAAA